AUGAAAGCUCUCUCCCUCGUCGGAAUUUUUGCACCCAACGCACUCUCAAUCGUACCUGCGUCCGAUCAAACGAAGAAGUUGCCCGUCCCGAUUCCCGACCUCAAUAACAUCUCGUUGACGGAGAGCUCUUAUUUUUUUCGUGAUGUCUGUCCGGAAGACUUGCCCACAUGCAUAGAGGGUCCUGUACCAGAGUUCUACUACCUGAACCCCUCAUUCGCCUUCCAGAGGCUCGCUAGACGUGUUCUAGAUAGCGGUUCCAUACUCCCGUGGGCCGCUCCCUCUGCUUGUGGCCGUGGGUGCAGUUAUAACAUCACAUACUGGGGACCUGCCUUGGAGUGCAACCCCAUCCCAUCGAGCUCCAUAAAGGUCAUCGACACAGCUUUUGCAGAGUUUGACGGGCCGAGCGGUCACACUGCUAUCGAAGUCUCCGAUCCUACGUAUUUUUUGGAAGGGGCCCACAUCUACAAUUCCACGACCACAUUUGGGUCUGGUAUUACUUGGAUUCCUGGACAUGCUGCUGAGAACAAGAGCCAAGCUCUCUGGAUAGCUGGAUCACCGAUCGCGAUGUUUUACUCGGAUCUACCCAAGGGUUCAAAUUUCUCUUUUGAUGUCGUCUAUGCUAUCAACGACUUUCAAGUUCCAUUCGACACGAACAUCUCUUAUAGUCUGAAGGGUCAGUCUUGCGCCUUCCACAAUGCGACGUAUGCAGCUUCCGUGAAUUAUACGAAUGGUUUUCAGACCACCAACAUCAGUAUCAUCGAGCGUGGCGCCCUACUGAGAUCCGCGCAAGACUUCAAGCAAGCAGUGAACAUAUCCUCGCUGAAUACGACCGACCCUCAUCUAUUGUCCUUGUUCGCCACGAUGAGUCUCGCCAAUGCGAUGUCUCAAUAUAUGUACGGGAACAUCGCAUUGGCCGGGAUCGUCGCAUUGGCCGGGAUCAUUGACUCUGGUGAUGUUUUGAGUUGCCCUACGCUGGCACCUGCGUAUACCAGUGUACUCAACUCUAUCUUCUUCGCAAAUUUUGCCACCGACGAUGAUCCAAUAGCAACUGGUACCUUCUCAUUAUCACUCGGUUCAUCAACAUACACAGAUCUCGGACAGCUUUUGCAGGAUGCGUGUACGAACUUGACGGCGUCCUUGAUGUCUGACAUGGCCAAUCUUGGGCAUAACACAACUGUGGAUGUGGCCGUCCUUCCGAAUUACAACGUUUACAAGUACAUGCCAUCUCGCUUGUGGAUUGUCUAUGGCAUCGCUCUCCUCAUCACGCUCCUGGUCGACAUAUACGGCAUCGUGUGCAUCCUUGAGAAUGGCGGCGCGAUGCAGCGCAACUUCUCGACCAUCGCCGCCUCAGUGCGAAGCCGUGAUCUGGAUGCGCUUCUCAAUGAUCCCGGAGAGCCUUUGACUGCUCGUGCGAAGAGGGCCAAGUUGCGUUACCGCUUGGGUGAUCCUGAGAAGGGAGAGAGGACUGGCUUCGUGGUUGAAGAGGAACCCAAGGGCGAGGAAGACGCAGAGACGGCGGUCGAAUUGACGACGUUGACAGGCGAUUCUGAGGAGGCGCACACUUGA